AUGCCUGGCUACAGUGCAUCCGGAUCCGCAAGCAUGGCUCAAGUAUGGCGUGUUCACAGAAAAGGCCCGCCUCCUCUUACACUGCAGAAAGAUACGGUAGCCAUCCCUGAGCCAAAACGGGGCGAGGUGCUCGUCAAGGUCCACAGCGCUGCUGUGAACCCAGUCGAGUGGAAAAUUGCGACCCAUGCGCCUUCUUUCAUACAGAAACUUCCAAGGGGUAUUGGCACCGACCUUUCUGGCACCGUCCUUGCCACUGGACCCGGUCUUUCAUUGGAACAACUUGAGGCCUUCAAACCUGGCACGCUGGUCAUGGGUAUGGUCCCAGUCGAGGUCUCGCUCAAGAACGGUCAAGGAGCCUUGAGCACGCACGUGUGUGUCGCUGUCGAACAACUGGGAGCAAUCCCCGCUUCUCUGCAAGAGCAGCUCAGCUUGCAGGACGCUGCUGGUCUGCCACUCGUGGGAACUACUGCCCUCGCGCUGGUGCGUAGGGCCCGUGCUGGGGACAAAGUGCUUGUUUGCGGCGGGAGCACAAGUGUCGGGCUCGUCUUGCUUCAACUGCUGAAAGCGGAGGGAGCUGGUUGCGUAGUUGCAACAGCCAGUGGCGCAAAAAGGGAUACCGUGAAAGCACUGGGAGCAGACGAGGUGAUCGACUUCCGCGAGAACGAUGUCGUGCAAACGCUCAAGCAAAAUCACUCAGAGGUCCCGUUCGACCUCAUCCUCGACACUGUGGGGGACUUCGCCGUCUUUCGAGCCUGCCCUUACUUUCUCAAGGAGAGCGGUGAAUAUGCUAAUGUUGGCGCUUCCGACAUGCGACCAAACGGCUCGAUCUGGUCCAUCUUGACCUUCCUACGCAACAUGACAUCAAUCUUUCUGCCUUGGUGGCUCGGUGGCGUACCACGCAAAUCGACGCCGGGCGGCUCCAUUCGCGACGGCCUGCCCGAAUUCAUCAACAAGUACCUGGUCGAUGCAUCAGUCAGGUGCCCCGUCGAUAGCACCUUUGGUUUUGAAGACGCGCCCAAAGCCUACGAGCGUCUCAUGACGGGUCGAGCGAUGGGCAAAAUCAUCGUAAACGUGACGACGCCGUAA